AAUCUGAUGAAAUUAAUUCUUCUAUAAACUUCUGAAAAUUUAUAAAUUUGACAGUCGACUCCAUAAGACCUGCGAGUUAAGGUCAAUUGCAGAGAACUCAAAUGCUGAUAUAUGUUAAUUAAAACCGAAAGUCUGAAGGUUGGGGCAUGUGGCCGUUUAAAUAUAUGUUUGGCGCUACAAGGGUACAUACCGAGAGGUAACAAACAAAACGGUCGGAAGGCGCAUGGGGUGGAAUCCGAGCAAGCGAAAGAGAGAAGAAAUGGAAGAAGAAGAGGAGGGCGAAGUGGAGCUAAGCCUGCUAGAAGCAUUGGAGAACUCGCAGGGGCAGAAUGUCCAAGCACUGGACAUCCGCGGACUGAAAAAACUGGUGCUUUCAUUCGAGCGCCGCCUCAAAGAAAACCUCGAAGCGCGCAUGAAAUACGCGGAAAACCCUGAAAAGUUCGCGGAAUCAGAGUUGGAAUUGCACGAAGAGAUAACAAAGCUGAAAACCCUGGCGGGCGCGCCAGAGCUGUACCCGGAGCUGGUGCAGCUGAACACCAUUCCCUCCAUUCUGGGCCUGUUGACUCAUGACAACACAGACAUCGCCUCCGAUGUAGUGGCUCUUAUUCAGGACCUCACCGACGAGGACGUGUUUGACGACGCUCAAGACCCUGCAACCGUCCUCGUCCACGCCCUCCUUGAAAACAAUGCGCUUGAGCUUUUGGUCCAAAACCUUGCAAGGCUAGAUGAGACUGACCCGGACGAAUCAACAGCUGUCUACAACACUCUUGCCACAAUUGAAAAUAUGAUAGAAGUUAAACCUACGGUAGCUGAAUUGGUCUGUGAAAGAACAAAGCUCUUGAGGUUUCUUUUGGGCCGUAUAAAGCCAAGGGAAUUUGACUCUAACAAGCAAUACGCAACAGAGAUUCUGGCUAUACUGUUGCAGAACAGUAGUGCAAAUCAGCGACGUUUAGGGGGGAUGAAUGGUGUUGAUGCAGUGCUUCAGGCAGUGGCGCUGUACAAGUCAAAGGAUCCAAAGAGUGGGGAUGAAGAAGAGAUGGUGGAGAAUUUGUUUGACUGUCUUUGUAGUUUGGUGAUGCCAAUGGAGAAUAAGGAGAGGUUUGUGAAGGCAGAGGGGGUAGAGUUGAUGAUAAUUAUAAUGAAACAAAAGAAAUCUGUCUACGGGAGUGCAAUGAGGACUCUGGAUUUUGCCAUGACAAAAUUUUCGCCAGCAUGUGAGAGAUUUGUGGACGUGUUGGGGCUGAAGACACUCUUUGCAGCUUUCAUGGGUAAGAUUGCCGCGAAUAGGAAGAUUCAAGGGGGAAGGUACCAGGAAGAGUUGGAAGAGCGGAUCAUCUCUUUGAUUGCUUCAUUAUUUGACGGCAUUUCACGGGGCUCAAGAAGGGAUCGUUUAUUGAGCAAGUUUGUGGAGAGUGAAUUUGAAAAGAUUGACAGAUUAAUGGAACUUUAUAUGAGGUACUCAGAUCGGGUGAAGACAGAGACUGAACGCAUGGAUCGUCUUCAGCUUGAUGAUUUAGAGAUAGAUGAUGAUGAAAGAUACAAUCGAAAGCUUGAGUCUGGACUCUAUACUCUUCAAUUGAUUGCUGUAAUACUUGGUCAUCUAUGGUACUCUGAUCAUCCAAAGAUCAGAGCCCGUGUAGAGCUCCUCCUCAGACAACAUUGCCUUUCAAAGGAGAAUGUAAAGGGAAUUCUUCAGGAGUAUCAUGACAAUAUUGGAGACUUGGAUGGACCGGAAGAAAAAGAACGAGCCCAAACUAAAGUUCAAAAGUUUAUUGAUGCAAUGUAAUUAUGAUUGUUACUGGGAAAAUGUGAAAAAAGUGAGAGUCCUGUUAGCAUUUGUUGAAGAAGUAAACAAACAAACUACAGCGAAUCAUUUCAGAGGGGAUAUAUAUUCCGGAUGGCAACAAGAUUGCCUGGUAUCCAAUGACUUAAUUGCAACUCUUCUUGAAUUGUCUCAAACGGGAAAUGCUUCUGCUUUAUAUAUGCAUCAUCUGCAUUGUUUAUCUCA